AUGGCUCUGGAAGACUCAGUCCCAAUCCCCGUCAAGGGCGGCGAUCCCAGCAUCCUGUGUAUGGAGGACAUCAAAGCCGUGGCAGACGCAAAGCUGCCAGCGGUAGCCAGAGACUUCUUCAACUCGGGCUCGACCUACCAAACCACCAUUGCCGAAAACAGUUCUGCCUUCUCCAAGUACCGCCUCCGCUCACGCGUCCUCGUCGAUGUUUCUAAGCUGUCCACGGCCACCACAUGUUUCGGUCGGACGAUCAAAUUCCCCGUUUGUGUAUCACCGGCAGGGAUUCAGGCCAUGGCUCACCCAGACGGGGAGGUGGCGACGUCGAGGGCGUGUGCGAGCGUCGGCAUCAACAUGGGCAUUUCGAGCUUUUCGAAUUAUUCCGUUGACGAGAUCGUCGGCUCCUCCAACGGCCGCGUCAACUACGCCAUGCAGAUGUACUCCAUGAAGGACCGGGCUCUGCAGGAGCGCAUCAUCCAGAACGCCGAGGCGGCCGGGUGUAAAGCCAUCUUUCUCACGGCCGACUCUCCGGUGCUGGGCGUGCGGUACAACGAAUGGCGUAACGACUUUCGCACCCCCGAAGGACUCGGGUUUCCCAUCCUGGGCCUGACAAGUGACAUGAUCCGCACGCAGACCCACGACAGCGGGUUCACGGCCUUCAACGAUGACUCGCACAACUGGGCCCGAGAGAUGAAGUGGCUGAGGGACAGGACCAAGAUGGACAUCUGGAUUAAGGGCAUCGUCACUGCCGAGGACACGGAGCUGGCCAUCAGUCACGGCUGCGACGGCAUCAUCGUCAGUAACCACGGCGGCCGACAACUGGACGGAGUCCCCGCGACGAUUGACGCGCUGGUCGAAUGCGUGGAUGCCGCUCGCGGCCGGAUUCCGAUCCACAUGGACGGAGGCAUCAGGAAGGGAACAGACAUUUUCAUCGCGCUCGCGCUCGGGGCUCAAUGCGUCUGGGUGGGCAGACCGGCGAUCUGGGGCCUGGCGUACGACGGACAGCGAGGUGUCGAGAAGAUGCUGGAGGUUCUGUACGAAGAUUUCCGCCGGUGCAUGGCGCUCUGUGGAUGUAAUACCGUCGACGAGAUCAAGAAGAGUUGUCUAAGCAGGAUGGGGCUGGACGGCGUGUUGAGACGCAUGGAGUAG